AUGUCACAGACCGAUUCUGGUAAUCGAGCUGAGCGAGCUGAGCUUUAUAAAUCUGCUAUAGCUUUUCUAUCAGACCCAAGCGUCUCUGAUGCUCCGUUAGCUAAAAAGGUGGAGUUUCUAGAAUCAAAGGGACUUUCGCAAAGUGAGAUCGACAGUGCUCUCAAGGAGGCUAAAGAAAACCCCCAGGAGCUGCAAGUUUCAAAUUUCAACACAUACCAAUCAAAAAAUAGCGAAUAUGAACCACAGUACGAAGCAGUGCCGCCACCCCUCCCCCAAAGGGACUGGAAAGACUAUUUUUUCAUGGCCACGUCAACGGCUGGUUUGUGUUACGGUUUGUACCAGCUCACAAAACGAUACGUCCUCCCAAAUUUGCUGCCGGAGUCACAUUCCAAGUUGGAGCAAGACAAGCUAGAAAUAGCGCAACAAUUUGAUCGGAUGGAACAACUGCUUGAGACCAUUGACAGCGAGCAUUCUGCAUAUGUGAAGAAAGAGAACGAAAAGUUUGAAGAGCUCGAUCAAGUCGUAAAUGAGUUGAGCUCUGCUUUGAAAACUACCACUAGAACCCGCGAAAAACUAGAGGACGACGUCCGAAUCAUGCGUCUGGAAAUAGAAGGACUACAGAAGAAUCUUGAAACCUUCAUUUCGGAAAACACUGAUAGCCCUGCAGUGCGAAGAUUGAGUGACGAGAUAUUAUCCCUGAAGAACCUCAUCAAAAAUAGUGAUUUUUUGAGAGACGCCCCUACACCCUCAGAUCAUAAUAAAUCGCCAAUCCCAGGAGUCGAAGUGAUUCCCUCAGCUUCUGAAAUUCUUGCCAAAAUGAAUUUACCCAAGAAGAAUGACCACGACGUCCCAGCUUGGAAGAAAUCUCGAGAGAAUACAGUUACCGAAAAGUCGAUUCCCGAAUGGCAGGUGACAGCCGCUGAAAAACCACCAACCCCCAUUCCUGACUGGCAGAAAGCGAUGUUUAAUGCAGAGUCACCCAGCCCAGAUCCAGCCUAG